CGCUUCUAUAAAAGUUGCAACUAAUCACCACCCAAGAACAAACUUUUUGCCUGCAGGGCCCAGCCAUGAUGUUUCCGUGCAGCGCCUUGCCACAUCCUCUCUACUCGGACCUGUUGCGUCCCCCGGCCGCUCUGACCUGCCAUCUUCCCCGGUCACCGCCCUCAGGCUACAGGGUGGAAGAUCUCCUUCGAAUCAGCCAACCGGCGUACAGCUACAUACAGCGGACAUUCUCGGUUGCAAACCCCGGGGAAGUCCUCUCGCUGAGCCCAGAGCAGGGCGUCUCGCACCGGGCGUUGGGACCGAGCACUGCCCGCUCAGUGUUUCAGUGCUCCGGGCAGCCGAACCACAGCGGGGGUGGCGCCACACAGUCCGCAUGUCCGGCCUCGAAUUGUCUUAAAUUCGGCGUCAGUGCCAUACUGGCACCAUCAACCAGGAGUGGUUGUUCUUCUCCUCCAGUCCACAGUUUGCAGACAAAAUCUUUCCCGCUACCAUUCUUGGAUGCAAGUCUUCUUUCAUCUCCUUUCAUCAGAGCUUCAUAUUUCACAGCUUCCUCCUCCUCUGUGGUCCCUGUCCCAGGAACCUUUUCAUGGCCUCUGGUCCCCAGAGGGAAGCCAAGAAGGGGCAUGCUGCGACGUGCCGUCUUCUCAGACCUUCAGAGAAAGGCCCUGGAAAGAACUUUCCAGAAGCAAAAGUAUAUCAGCAAGCCCGACAGGAAGAAGUUAGCUAGUAAACUGGGACUCAAAGACUCACAGGUAAAGAUCUGGUUUCAGAACCGGAGGAUGAAAUGGAGGAACUCAAAAGAAAGAGAGCUGCUGUCGACAGGAGGUUGCCGUCAGCAGACCCUGCCCACCAAAACUAACCCCAACCCAGACCUCACGGAUGUGGGCAGCGUCUACUGCCACGGUGGGCUUGAGAGGAUUGCAGCUAGCAGCCAAGGACAGAGCCAGGAGUCACAUCUUCCCCAUCCUCUUCAUCAUCAUCACUACCACCAGCAUCGCUCCUCUCCGUCAGAGUGCAGUAAACCAUCAGAGUCAGAAAGUGAAGAAAUCACAGUUUCAUAAGAAAAUGAUCAAAAAAAAAAGACUCAUUCUUUGCACGACAGUUGCCUUACCGUGUCAGGAGCAAAGCCACAAGAACGUCUGGUGGCGUUGUGAAUUGACUGUAUUCUAUCAGCGUCUAAUCACUAUUUGUGUAUAGUGUUUUAUUUGACUUUUUAUAUUUAGUUCAACAUAUUGUGUACACACUGUAAAAAAAUAUAUGGAGCCAAUUUAGAUUGACUAUCUGUAGGAUAGCCUAUUUUUUUUUUAACUCCAAAAGAUACAAUUGAUUCAGCGGACUAUAUUUGUUUCCUUUAUUUUCGUAAAUAAAUCUUGAAAAAGU